GCAUUGGGGAGAGAACAGCUGGCUUCCUGCCCUCAGGGCUGUAAAGUUAUGGACGCAUUCAUCAACUUUAUAAGUGAAGCUCCUCUCGGAAAAAGUGCUAACAUGAAAAGGUAGAAUGACAAAGAUUUACAUUUGAGAAUUAUUUAAGGGAACCCUGAUAAAUAACAAGGUAGGGUGUAAUUAAAGAAGGUCUUUAGAAAACGAUGAACAGUUUAGAAGAUAAACCUUUUAAAGAGUACUUAUGUUUGUAAAAGCCAUUUUUACUUUUUAUCAGGCAAUUAGUAAUGAAGGUAGGAAUAACUUAAAAAGUUAAUUCUGAUAAAAUAACACAUUCUUAGCUCCUCUUGAGUUCAAUUGUUUUAAGACAGAGUUAAAAAGAAAUCAGCUCUUGUAUUAUCCAUUCUUAGUAAUUUAAUUUUUUUUAAUAUUAUUUUUUUUUAAAGUUGUCUAAAUUUUUUAUAUAAAUACCAGAAUGAUAAAAGAGAUCCAAACUUUACUUUUUACUCCGUUGUACAACUCUGUUUUCCCCACAUCUUUAAAUUUUUGUGUUCCCAGCCUUAUGUUAAUGAGCCUUUACAAUAUCAGCAUCAAUUCCAAAGGAAUCAAAUAUCUCAGUACUAAACCUCACUUUAUGAGUAUGCUUGCCUGGCAUCUCAAAGGUAAGAUCAUUAGUAAUUAUAUUUUUUAGAAUAAAUCGGUUUUAAAUAUGUUUUUUACAUAGGUCUUACAAUUUACAAUACAAUUAUUAUAUAUAUACAGUAGAACCCGGUUAUGUCGAUGGCCUCAGAAUUUGCCAAAAAGCAUUGAGAUAACCGAUAAUCGAGAUGAACGAAAACCAAUAUGGCGGCAAUAUAUUAACAUGUGCUUGAAUACUCUUUUUGUACACAAUGUGCGUUUAUAAAUGAGAUGUACAUCCACAUGUUUUUGGAGGUUUUUUUUACACAACAGCAUUACCUCGAUUUGUUUGAUGAAGCGAUCGGCACGCUUUAAAAAUGUACAUACAUGUUUGCUAACGACACAAGGCAUAUGUAGGGUGCCACUUUUCCAGAUUAUCCCAGAAUUCCAGAUUCGUGAGGCUAAAUAUUUCUCAGCUCCAGAUUCGAGAGUUUUUAUUUUCUCUCGAUCCGGGUUUGUCAGUUCAGUUUAUUCAAAUACAGAUUCUAGCAUUUAAAAAUAAAAAUCAACCUGUAAAAACGCAUGAACCCUCUCUUUUUGCAAGCUCCUCGCUUCUUGCUGUGUCAAGUUAAUUGCGUUUAAAUUACUACAGUUUGAAGGAGGCACGUUUCUGUUGUAUAUAAUUUUCAAAAGCCUACUAUUGAUCAUGGGGAUCGAGAUAACCGAGGUUAAGUGAUAAAUUUGGCCGCCUUUUGUGCUCGAGGUAUCAAGGUUCAGGGACGUAAAAGAAUUGACAUAACCAAGGAGAUAAUGCUAAGACAAAGAGAGAUUUUGGCGGUUCCAAAACGUCAACAUUACAGGGCUGGCGAGUUAACCAAGGUUGAACUAAACAGGUAAUAACAGACCUGUUUACUCUUACAAUGUACGAUUUUGAGGUGUAUACAUUAUAUAUACUGUAUGUUUAUUUUUUUUACUAUUAAGAUAACAUAUUGAAUGAUUUUGUGGUGAUAUUGUACGAUUUUAAGGGUUUGAGGGUAAACAGGGCUGUAAUAUAAUUCCUGAGUGGAUGUUGUCCACCCAUAUUGUGCAACGUGAUACGCUCUGACAACCCCCCCCCCCUUCCCCACAUCACCCUUCCUGCAAAAGAACAUGAAUAGAGUCAAUACAACUAAGCAUUGGUGAAUAUAUGGAGCCCCUCCUAGAAGGUAAACAGGGCUGUAAUAUAAUUCCUGAGUGGAUGUUGUCCACCCAUAUUGUGCAACGUGAUACGCUCUGACAACCCCCCCCCUCUUCCCCACAUCACCCUUCCUGCAAAAGAACAUGAAUAGAGUCAAUACAACUAAGCAUUGGUGAAUAUAUGGAGCCCCUCCUAGAAUGAUUAAAAAUAUAGAUCUUGCAUCUAUUCUUGUAUUUCACACACACAAUGUAGUUACUUUGCCCCAGCUAGUAUAGUUAAGUUUUCCAUAAAAUAGAUUUAAACAUCUUCCUAAACUUAUAUAGAUCUAUUCCUAUUUUUUAAAAUGUCAUUUAAAUUAAAGUUAUUGUCCGCUUUGAGAUUGUUUAUAAGAUAAAUGAUGCAUUAAGUGAUUGGUUAUAAAAUUAAUUGCAGAAGAAAAGGAAACAGAAAACAUUCUGAACUCUCUUAGAUUAAUCCAGUCUUUGAUAUCAGAUGAAGUCACAGCUCCUAUAUGUAUACAUCAGCUUCUUGAAUCUGUGAGUUUGAUUAAUGUUAAGUCUUGACGAGAAAUGUUCACAGUCCUAUGAGCUGUACACUAUAUUUUGAAUUCGUAAAAAUCUGAAUUCCUGCAUUAAUUAAAAUCAUAUUCCUGUAACUUUUGAACAGUAAAAAAAAUAUCAAAGUUAAAAUUCAUUUUUGCUAGCUUAUUGUGCAGUGCUGAACUGAUGAUUACUGAUGAAUGAGAAACAGUGCACACAACAAAAAAUACUUUAUUUAUUUGAGGUAACAUCAAAAGCAGCUUGUUAACAUAUAAAUAUCUGUCAAACAAAAUUAUAUGACAUAAAAAAAUUUAUGAUCAGGGUAAGAUGGGUCUCAAAUAAUAAAUAUGUAGGCCUAAUAAUAAAUUGUGACUUUUGUCAUUAAAUGGUUUAUUAUUUAAAUAAUUAUAUGGCUUUCCAGUUAAUGCUUUCAAAUAUUGAGGUAACUCCUGGAGAAGUUUUGUAAUGAGGGGCCUCUAAACUUAUAUCCCCAAGAGUCUCAUCACAUCAAAUAAUAAAAAAAGUUUUAAAAACUGUUAUCACCGAUUUUUAAAUGACCACUUCUUGUCUUUGAAACAGUCAAAUAUCUGCUCAUUCACAAAAUGAUUUAAUUGUUAGGCCAUUUUAUGGUUUCUCUGGUUAUGUUAAAGUAACUCAAAUUAAAGCUGAGAAUAAACUUAGUUUAAGGUUAGCAAUUAUAUAUUAAAAGCUAUGCAUCUUGAGGGAAAUGAUGUACUUCUUCUCUAUUCCCCAUUUUAGUUCUUUGAAAAGAAGAAUCUAUUCUGUUGAUCUAAUAAAAUAAUUCUUAACUUAAAAUAAAAUAUGGAAUUUAUGCAAUCAUGUUGCACAUGAAACUGCGCACAUCUUUUUCCACCAGAUUGUAUUAGCAGGAAAUUAUUGGACAGUGGGCAUUUUUUAUAAUACCCGGUAGCUCAUGUUUUUGCUAUAUAUAUUUAAAGUUAAUCAGAUCUAAACAUGGUUACAAAUUCAUUUCUGGCUUGUCUCCCUUUGGGGAGUGAACUACAUACUAUUCAAUCAGGCAUUCUAAAUACAUAAUUGUCAAAGAAAUAUUUCCAAAAUCAUUUAUCUUUACUAUGAAAAAUAUUAGACCAAAAUCGUAUGACCCAUGAUUUUUAUCGUUGCACACAUUUGAUAAUAAAGAAGUGAAAUUUACAUUUUCGCAGGUGCCUGUAGGUUUUUUACAACACCUCACCUCAAGCUGUAAUAAAGACAUACAAGUUCUUGCCCAAGACAUAUUAACUGACAUGAGAGCUUUUAAGAUAGAAGAUUAA